GGAGAGCACGACGGCGGCCAGCGACAGCGCCGAGAGCACGGAGCCCGAGGCCCUGGCCCGCCGCCGGCCCCGCAGAGCCGGGCCCGGGGCCAAGGCCUCCAUCCACACGCCGCCGACGGCCGAGCCUCGGCGCAGAAGGUCGUUACCUGGCGCGCGCCCACCCGCCGCCGGAAGUUGGCGGACGGCGGGCCGGAAGGACGGACCGACGGACACGCCGCCACUUCCGCUCGGGUGAUCUGCGGGAGGUGUCCUAGCUUGGGACCCCUCUUGGGUACACAUGGGAGGCAAGAGGUCGAUCCCCCUAGGGGAUCCCUUGGCUUCGAGGCCACCGCGCCACUAAGGAAACCCUCCAGAACCUGUCUGGUCUGAGAUUCCAAAGCGAGAAGAAUCUUGUGUCGCAAAGUUCUAACCUUUGCCUUCCCAUGGUGCCUAUGUGCAAAGGAAAAGCCCCUCUUAGUACCUUGGCAGUCUGUGUAUUGAGUUUCAGCCUUUAGGUGCCUAAUGGCAGCAGAUCCCGAGAAUUGAUGACUUGAUGGAUGUACAGCUCUCAUAAAGUUCCUGGCUACAGUAAUGCCAACGGCAUGAAGUUCCUGACUGCUGUAAUGCGAAUGAUUGUGCAUUAUCAGUGUGUGGAACUUCAUGGAAAAUACAUGCAGUGAACACCUAGAAGAAAUUGAAGAUAUUGCCUAAAAAAGUGGCAUGAUGGAAAAACGGAGGAAAUAAACCAUAGAUGAAAUUAACUUUCAUUCAGUACUCAGCUUGGAAGACCAUCUUCCUCGACUUGGAUUCAAGAAAAUAUGCAAAACCAACUCACACACCAUCUAUAAUGAGAAUGUAUUUUAAAUUGAAAGAGAAUUGUGCAUCCACUUUUCUGCCUUUGGAAGGACUUAAUGAUAGUCCGACUAGGAUAAAAAUAAAUUUUAUAUUGAAAAACUAGAAACAAACAAAUUUUUUCACUUUGAUAUGAAGAGGAGGUUAAUACUAAACGGAGUAAAAACUUACUGGCUUUUGUGUUUGGGAUAAACUGUGUCCAGGACCGUAUGCUGAAAAACUUACCCAUUUAUUUCAACGUUACUGCUUGUUUUGUAGUAUAUCUCAAAUUUUCAACCAUCAUCAUCAUCAUAGGUUGGACGAGCCCACGGAAAGUUAUUCCUGUACCGGUUCAUGAACAUGAAGUAGGCACAUUAAGUCGCUUGUACACCUUUGAGGAGGAGGCAACAAGUACAGAUGAUAGUGAGCCACUUGUCCAGCUAGACAAGAAAACUAACACAAAGGAUUCCUUUUACAAAUCUUCGACACAGAAAGCUUAUGAAAAUGUUCCUUGGGACAAGAUUCUAUCGCCAAAACUCGAUCCAGAAGAAACAACCUUGGAAAAAGCUGCUGACCACAUCUCACAGUGUUUUACACUGAAAAGAUAUGAAAGACUGCCAGCCAUAACCCAGAUGGUCGGUGGACUCUGGGACAGAUUUCAGACAAGAUUGUUCUCAGCGCCAGUCAAACCAAUCAAUUUUGUGAGUCCAAGUACUAGGAGUAAAUACAUUCCUCUGUAUACUGGUCAUGUGCAAAGCACAAACGCUGACGAUGUGGACAACCCCUACGGAGAUAUCAAGUCUGUGGCCAGUCCUCGGCACUCUAAACUGCUCUAUACGGACACAAGCCGUUCUGCGAAUAUCCCAGGAUACACUGGCAAGGUUCAUUUCACAGCCACCCACCCAACCAAUUCUAAUAUUCCACCAACAAUGCCAUUAUCAGACUCGGAGAUGAACCGCCUCUUACUACAAGAAAUGAGAGUUGACCGCUUCCGUCACCAGGGCCCGUUGUCCCAAAUGGUGACAACUGUGAAGCCCUACAACCCAUUCAACAGGAAGGAGAAAGAAGCCCUUGAGUACUGAAGGAGACAACACCCCUGAGAGACUGCUCAGUUCACCUGGGGGAGGGGAGGCUUUGUACACAUUGAUGGAGAAAAAAAGAAAAGAAAGAACACA